AUGCCGCUCGGAUUGGAUUCUUUGACUACUUUCACCAGUCCAGGUGUUGAAGGAAGCGAGUUUGUUACCGAGAUCGACUCCUCUUCGGGGGCGUCAUGGACGUCUCAUUUUGACGAGACAUCCAGCAUGGUAGCUCCAACAGGGACCGGAUCAGGGUCAGCGGCUAAUUCCCCUCCUCACACCGAGAGUAUCUCAAUCGGACAGCGCAUGAUAUCAGCAUCAGCUGGUAAUAUAUUGACUGGGCUUCUUGUUACUCCCCUCGAUGUCGUUCGCGUGCGUCUACAAUCCCAAUCACAGAUUUCGACUGCGUCCCAAUAUACCACCCACACAAUAUCAUCCUUAAAAAAGCUUCCCCCCAACAUCGGAAUCACGGCAUGUUGUCGAGAGGUAUUUUGGGUCGGAGAGAAUGCGCAGAUGUGCAUGCUGGGCUCUCAGACAGGCACCAUUGGAAGCCAAGCACAUCCAGCACUUGAUUGUGCAGUGGAAGAAUCACAACGGCGAGCAUUUACAUCGACUUUGGAUGGCCUACGAAAGAUUGCUAGGAAUGAGGGGCUAUCUACAUUAUGGCGAGGUCUAAGCGCUACUUUGAUGAUGGGUAUUCCCGCAAAUAUCAUCUACUUCGCUGGGUACGACUGGUUGCGCUUUGCCGACAACAGUCCUGUCAAAAAACAUUUCUCGGAUAAUUAUGCGCCCUUUGUCGGAGGUGCGAUCGCACGGACGACAGCGGCGGCAGUCACUAGCCCGAUUGAGAUGUUUCGCACCCGCCUGCAGGCUACCCCGGGUACGGGCGCUGGCCAUUUCAAGGAAACUCUCCAAGACCUGCACCAGAUGACGAAAGUGAAGGGUUAUACCUCUCUUUGGCGUGGACUGUCACUGACCAUGUGGCGCGAUGUCCCAUUCUCUGGUCUAUACUGGUGGGGAUACGAAAAGGUGAAGAUCAGCUUAGAGUCUGCGCGCCAAAACAAUACACAUCUUUCGGCUGCCGAUACGGAAGUCCCGACUUCGGCUACUGCUUUCCUCGACAGUUUCAUUGCUGGUGCCACCUCUGGAGCGGUAGCUUCCUUGGUAACAACACCUUUUGAUGUAGGCAAGACCCGACAGCAGGUCUACCGACACAUGGAUGAUCACGUCCCUAGUACUGCUUCACGAUCUAGCCUCUCGCCUAAAACUAUUGUCCCCGAGCAAUUAUCUCUCCCCAAGUUCUUGUUGCACAUAUUCCGCGAGGAAGGUAGUGCUGGCCUCUUCCGAGGCUGGUCAGCUCGUUGUCUCAAAGUUGCUCCCGCCUGCGCGAUCAUGAUCUCUACCUACGAACUGGGUAAGCGCAUGGCAAAGGAAGUUAAUGAGCGACGACAUGAAUCCUCUUGA